UCGUCCGGGACACGUUUCACUGUACUGCUGAUUCUGUUCCAUGUAGCCAGUAAAUCGGCCCUCAGUGUUGACAGUGUGUGUGAAUCGCGUUUCCGGUAAUUCUAAAAUGGAGAGCUUUUCUCCAGUGACUAAGAACAAACGUGGUCAAGUUGUUGACAGCCAGAAAAAACUGUGUGUUGUAAACCUCUACACGAGUUUAGUGAGUAAAAAGCAGGACCUUCCGAUCGACAGUGUGGCUCAGAUGGUUUCCGAAAUGGUGGGUGUCGGAAAGAGCACCGUGUAUAGGAUCAUUUCCGCUUAUAAGAAAGAUAAUCUUUCCGGACUAAAAUCGGCGGAGAACAAAAAGAAAAGAGCGACUUCUUUUGAGAAACUAGAGGAAUUUACAAAGUGUGCUAUAAGGCGUAAAGUGUGCGAGUACGUUUCCAACAAUGAGCAACCGACCGUGGAUAAAGUACUGCGUGCAGUGAACGAGGACAGUGGUUUACCAACGUUCAAGAGAACAACGUUUUUUAAAAUUGUAAGGGAGUUGGGUUUCACGUUCAAAACGAUGGGGAAAAAACGUGUUUCUGUCUGUCAACACGCCUGAAGAAGUGCACUGCCGUGGACCGCAAGAGGACCGGCCCGGCACUACGUCACAGCAGGAGUGGGCGGAGCUUCACUCUCAACAAUCGAUGAAUCCAC